GAAUAGUCUUCAUCUACAAAUCCAAAUCCAAAUCAACCUGCUCGGCGCUCCUUAAAAAUCGUUAAAACCACCAAAUAAACUGUGUAAAUUGUGGAAAACCCAUUGUGGCUAACAAGUUGAACGUCUACGUCACCUCUUGGCUGCAAAACCUUAUCGGAUACCACAAGACAAAGCCGGGCCUGGGCGCCCACCUAGAGAAGGAGAGGAAGAAGUAGUAGUUACAAUCCUCGAGCAGAGCGGGAUUAGCCGCGAAAUACAAUGACAGAGAAUCAGCUGUAUCCCAUGUCAUCGGAAUUCUUUGACACCGGCUCGAACAGCAGCAACAACACCCUCAAAUACGAUCUGUUCUUGGGCUCCACCGUUGUGGGUGCGGCCCUACCCACGUUGACCAUAAACACGGGCUAUGGCAGCAGCAGCAUCAACAGCAACAAUAAUAAUAAUAACAAUAACAACAACAGCAGUAGUCACAGCAGCAGCAGUAGCAGCAACUGCUCCACCAGCACCACAAAUACCUGUAAUGUAAUGCUAAGUACAACGGCCAUAACAAUACCACGCAGCAGCAACCACAACCAGAACCAUCAUCAUCCGUAUCAGCAGUCGGAUUUGCAAACACCUCGACACCAUCCCAGUCCUCUACACACAUUGCCCAGCAUGACCCACCAGCAACAUCAGCUUCAGCAGCAGCAGCAGCAGCAACAGCAGCAACACCACAACCAACAGCAGCAGCAGCAACAAGAGCAACUGCAACAAUCGCAUUUGGUUGGGGAGCUAUCGGACUUUGGUCUAGAUCCCCUGGAUGCCGCUUCACUCUCACCCACCCUGUUGCAGGAUGUGAGCCUAAGUGCAGCCUCGCCGCUGAACUCCACGCUGUACAAUGGCAACACAAGUGGCGGCAGCAGCAAUGGAAUCGUCGGAAGUAUUGGCUACUUUCCAACCGACAUGUCGCACAGCCUCAGCCUGAAUGUGGUCAGUGAGCAGGUGUUGCUCCAGGAGGCCGUUGCCCAGAAUGAGUUGCUCUACGAGAUGACACCCAACUCGAAUGCCAUGUGGAGCGAUAUUAGCAGUGCCAUUAUCCAUACCAAACACGAGCCAUUCAGCCUGGACGACGACUACAUUUUUCCCAACGAUAAGGCCGAGAUCCAGGCGGCCGUGUCCGAACUAAAUGGCGAUUUCCUGGAUGUCAUCGGAAACAUAGAGGAUUUCUUGCCGCAGACCACAGUCUCUCAAAGUGUCAAUUUGCUGUCGCCGCAGACCCAAGGACAGGAUGCCCUGGUGGCGCCGCCCAUGGAACUUCUACAACAGCAGCAGCAGCAGCACCAGAGUCAGCAGCAGCUGCAGGUCGGCAGUCUGCCGCAAUUGCAAACGCUGCUCACGUUGACCCAACAACAGCAACAGUCGAACAGUUCCUCCACUAGUCCGUAUGAGAUAUACCACAGUACGCCCCAAAAGCCACAGCAGCCACUAUCCGCCAGCUUCUCGCCCGGCAGCCGCUCCCAAUCGCCACUGACUCCACCGCCACCACCGCACGCCAGACCUCAGUACCAGAUGGUAAAGUCACGGAACACAGAGCUGAUCAAGAAGGGCUUUCCCAUGUCCUCGCCGCCAGAGCGCUCGAUCCUAAGUCAAUCUGCUGCAUUGAGUCGGGGAAGCAGUGGUUUUGGCAGCUCGGUUUCCGGCAACAGUACAACUACCAGUAAUCAGACACCCGGAUCGGCCGUGCGCAAAUCCUUUGGCUACCAGAGUGCCGUGGAGAACUCCCAGCUGAGUCGCCUCAGCUCGUCGGCUCCCACGCACCUGGGAUUGGAGCACAUCUGGAUGCGGCGAGAGCGACAGCAUUUACUCUCAACCGGCUCGCUGGCCGAGGCCGAGAGCUUCUCCUCGCUGAGCACGGGCAGCGUCUUGUCCCCGGAUGGCAUCGACUUCUCGCAGGACGAUGAGGAUGACAAUUCGAGCGAGAACAGUGACAACUACGACGACUUCAGCAGCGAUAAUGGCCUAUCUGGUGAUGAAGAUGAGACGCGCACCUCGACACCGAAUCAUUUGUCCAGUAGCAAGGGCAAAGAGCGUUUCUUCUGGCAGUACAAUGUCCAGGCCAAGGGGCAGGGCAAGAGGCUGGUCUUCCAAUCGAAGCUCGAGGCCCAUGUGCUGAACGAGGUGACAGACCCGGUCUUCAGUCCCACGUGCUCCGUGCGAGGCAUCAAGGUGUACAAGCACAGCGGAAAGGCCCGGAAGGGCGAUGGCAACGACUUGACUCCCAAUGCCAGGAAGCUGCACAACAUUGGCAAGGAAUUGGACAAGCUAAGCCGCACCAUCAACGACAUGACCCCAGUUUCCGAGCUGCCCUUCAAUGUGCGCCCAAAGUCGCGCAAGGAGAAGAACAAGCUGGCCUCACGAGCCUGUCGCCUGAAGAAGAAGGCCCAGCACGAGGCCAACAAUAAGCUCUUCGGCCUUGAAAUUGAACACAAGCGCCUCAUGAAUGGCAUAGCCGCUAAACAGGCCCUGGUCGUCAAGCAUCGCACCAAGAAUCUGGGCGAACCAACCGAAGAGGUUGAUCAACAAAUUGCACGCAUUUACGCCACCGCCUCGUCUGGAAUCCGCAUUGCAGGCGGUUCAACGGAUUUCGUGAACAAGGUUCUAGAAAAUAUGCGCGGCGGCAUGCCGAAUGGAGGCCUCGAGGAGCUGCGUAAAUCAUCGUAGACCAAAUACAGAAUAUGUAAAGCUAACGAACCGCCCAUCAAGAUUAGUUUUAACAAUAUAAGAGCUACAUAGGAGCCCCAGCAACAGCGCCAACCAUACCAAUACCACCAACAAGUGAAACCCAUUCUAUGACAGGACUAAAUUGGAUUUGGAUUGGAAUCGUUCUGAAAAGGAACACAUUUUCUUGACACCGGAAAUUUGAGAAAAUCCCUAGUGAACCUCUUCCACCCCUCCUGAAACCCAACGUUCUGUUAAAUUGUUCUGCAUGAGUGAUAUAAUAUCUAUAACCGAGAUAUAACUGUGAUUUAAAGAGCCUGGGCUUUGUAUGUUUUGUAUGGCAGGAAAUAGAAGAAAAUAUUUUUUACUUUUUCGCGACCACACUGCAAACCGGAAAGCCAGAGCCAAACAAACGUAAAAAAAGAGAAACAAAAUUCCUUUUGAAAAUGCAACAUUAACAAAUUGAAAGAAACAAAACAAAAAUCGUAAAGAAAGAGGCAACCAACAAAACAAAAAUGAUGAGAAAUGUGUAAAAAUACAAAAUUUUGUUUAGCUGUUAAGAUUGUUAAGGAGCAACGGAGUGUUAGAUGAGCAAGUGAAUUUUUGUAGGACUUUGCUACCAGUUUUACCUGCUUAACGAAUAAGGGUUUGAAUUCAUUUGAUUCGAUUGGAAAACAUUUAUCUGGAAUGCUAAAAAUCAUUUUAAAUUAAGUUAUAUACAACUGCGAUUUAUCUGGUUAAGUUUUAAAUGCUAUAUUAAUAUAUAUUAUGGUCCUAGGUUGUCGUUUUUAAGUUUUUCAUUUUGUUAAAGAAAGUUUGAUUGUUUCCAAAAAAAGUAAUGUUUUGCGAAACUUUAUUAAUUUACUUAAAUGCUAUAACUAUCUAUACAUACAUGCGUGGUGAUAUAAUUUUAAUUUUUCUUUUAUGCUUUUAUUUCUUGAUGUUAACCGUAGGAUUCAACAACUUGAACUCUAUAACUGAGAAGGAAAUAAUUUUAAGUUUUUCUAUUAUCCAUACGAUUUGCUUAUAUGAGAUACCUUCAAUAUAAAUUAUAAUUUAUUAAUUUGUAGGCACACACAUGAAAAAUUUUCAAGGCUUCAGUUUUACUUUUCAAUUGCGGGCUACUCCAAAAAAAAAAA